UCUUUUCUUUUCUAAGUCAUAAAUCGUUCUCUUGAUGUCACUUUGUAAAUUACUUUUUUUGUGGAAAGUUGUAGAAAAAGAAAAAGAAGAAGAAGAAAACGAUUAAGGAAGAAAGGAAAAAGAAGAAAAAGUACCAACGAAAAAGAAAAUGAAAAAGCUUUAACAACUUUGUCAGAAGAACAAGUUAUAAACAGCAAUCAUUGUGUUGGUACAGACCCAUAUUUCAUGCCACUUGCAAACAUCACAAAUCACGCUUUGUACUUUGUCAACAAAUAUAAGAUUAAUAUUGAUACUUCAGGCAAAGAUAACAGUUGUGAUCAAACGUUAUGUUACAUGUUCCAUCCAAUACAACUAAAUAGGAAACUACUGAUUUAUGAAAAUAUUGAUAUUAUGGUCACAAACGUAGAAAAAAUCAAUUCAUAUAUUGUAGAAAAAGAUAUUAACAAAACUGUCAAAAGCCUUCUUUAUGUUAUGAAAAGACAUAGAAAGGACUUCUACAAGUUUGCUCAUGGCUCAGAAGUAGUGAAAACGAAUGUGUAUCAAAUGAACGUAACUAGGGUACCAUCGUGUUGUCACCAAGGGAACGUACAAAAGAAAAAUAAUUACCAACAAUUAAACGUUGUACUUCGAAUAAACUAUAUGUUUCUUCGAAAACAAAUUUAAAAUCGUUGAAACCACAAAAACACAAAAGUAAUAAUUUAUAGUCAAUUUUUAUAGGAUUGAAAUUAUUUAUGUAGUAUUUCUAUAUUUAAAUAAAUAUUUAUACAAUA